GACCCAGGUCCCCACUGCGCAUGCUCCGCCAACUCAAGGGCUACACUGUCAUGGCGCUGACGAGCUGAAGCUACCGGGGUAGAUCAGGAAGAGAAAUGCAGCGCAGCUGGGUGAACGGUGACAUUUAAGCAAGUCUGUGGAGUUUGCCGGGGAGGACCGAGCGGACCUCCGUCCUUCGUCGACUUCCUCCGGAGCUGCCGGCGGACUUGCCCCCUCCAGUUUGUGAGUUUUCGCUCCUGCCAGGCGCGCUACCUGUCAAGUGUCUGGACUCAGUGACAAUAGCAACUUCCACUGCUGUGCGGAGGCAUUAAAGUCACCGUAUCCUCGUUUGCCGUUUGACCGAGCGGCGGGGGAAGAGACACCAGGUUAAGGGGGCGAGCUCUGCCUCACCUGCUCCUCUCCUCGUUACCUGCAGCACACUUCCAGCACGGCUUUUUUUAACAGCAUUAAUCCAUCCGUCUGCUAUCAAGUUACGGACCAGGGGGGAGAGACAGAGAGAGAGAGAGAGAGAGAGGAGUAGUUCACUGUGGAGCGAAGCGGUGACAUUUCCAGCCUCGCAGUGUGUCAGCGGCUAAAAUCCUGUUGCCUACUUUCGAGGCUCAUUCGUAAAAACUGUCUUGGAUGGGGAGGAAAACGUUUGGUCUGUGUGCCUGUAGACUGUCAACAACUCAGCUGAAGGGGAGAUAGAUCCCUUUUUUUUUCUCCCCCCCCUCCGACGUCGGCUGCACUGUCACCAUCGGGAGGUGAACAGGUGCCUUACCUGUGAACGCCACCUGUCCCGUCCCCUUGCUUCCUUUUAGCAAUGGCUAGCGAGGAGACGGCGGGCGCCGCGCAGCCAGGUGAUGGGAAGGACGGGAGACCGGGCGCCAUGGCGCUCAACCCCGGAGUGCCCAUCCGGGGGAUAAGGAUGAAAUUCGCCGUGCUCGCCGGCCUGGUGGAAGUUGGGGAAGUUUCCAACCGAGACAUUGUGGAGACGGUGUUCAACCUGCUGGUCGGCGGCCAGUUUGACCUGGAGAUGAACUUCAUCAUCCAGGAACCCGAGAGCAUCGUGUGCAUGGUGGAGCUGCUGGACAAGUGCGAGCCCACGUGUCAGGCGGAAGUUUGGAGCAUCUUCACAGCCAUCCUUAAGAAGAGCGUCCGCAACCUGCAGGCGUGCACUGAUGUGGGGCUGAUCCAGCUGGUGCUCCAGCGUAUAUCCACCACUGACAGCAUGAUUGCAGACCUGCUGGUGGACAUGUUGGGCGUGCUCGCCAGCUACAGCAUCACUGUUAAAGAGCUGAAGAUUUUCUUCAGCAAACUGCAGGGGGAGAAAGGCCAGUGGCCUCAUCAUGCAGUGAAGCUUCUGUCAGUUUUGAAGUACAUGGCCCACAGGACCGGCCCCGACUCCUUCUUCAGCUUCCCGGGGAAAAAUGCAGCUGCUAUAGCUCUGCCUCCUAUAGCAAAAUGGCCAUACCAGAAUGGAUUUACAUUCCACACAUGGCUCCGCAUGGAUCCUCUCAACAACAUCAAUGUAGACAAAGACAAGCCUUACCUGUACUGUUUCCGCACAAGUAAAGGCCUGGGUUACUCUGCACACUUUGUGGGCGGCUGUUUGAUAGUGACCUCAUUAAAAUCCAAGGGGAAAGGAUUCCAGCACUGUGUAAAGUACGACUUCAAGCCACAGAAGUGGUACAUGGUGACUCUCGUUCACAUCUACAACCGCUGGAAAAACAGUGAAAUUAGCUGCUAUGUGAACGGGGAACUGGCUUCCUUUGGAGACAUCGCCUGGUUUGUCAAUACAAGUGACACGUUUGACAAGUGUUUCCUGGGAUCGUCAGAGACUGCGGAUGCCAACCGUGUUUUCUGCGGACAGAUGGGGGCAGUUUACCUGUUUGGAGAGGCGCUCAGUGCUGCUCAGAUCUUGGCUAUCUAUCAGCUGGGUCCGGGCUACCAGGGCACAUUCAAGUACAGGGCUGAAAGUGACUUGCUGUUUGCAGAGCAUCAUAAGACCUUACUGUACGACGGCAAGCUGUCCACUAGUAUUGCCUUCGCUUAUAACCCUCGCGCCACAGAUGCCCAGCUCUGCCUUGAGUCCUCCCCCAAGGACAACGCCUCCAUUUUUGUCCACUCACCCCACGCGCUCAUGCUGCAGGACGUGAAAGCCGUGGUGACUCACUCAGUCCAGAGUGGCAUACAUUCUAUCGGAGGCGUGCAGGUCCUCUUCCCUCUGUUUGCACAGCUGGAUUUUUGCCAGCCCUCCAGCCACGAGCUGGACACCUCCGUCUGCUGCACUUUGCUAUCCUUUGUGAUGGAGCUCUUGAAGAACUCAGUGGCUAUGCAAGAGCAGGUCCUGGCCUGCAAAGGCUUUCUCGUCAUUGGCUACACUUUGGAGAAGUCUUCCAAGGUGCACGUGACGCGGCCCGUCCUGGACAUUGUGUUGGCCUUUUCCAGAUACCUAAGCAACUUGCAGAAUGGCAUCUUGCUCCUCAAGCAGCUGUGUGACCACAUUCUGUUCAACCCUGCCAUCUGGAUCCAUGCCCCUGCCAAGGUGCAACUGACACUCUACACUUACCUGGCAACAGAGUUCAUCAGCACAGUGACUAUCUACAACACCAUCCGCAGGGUGGGCACUGUGCUUCAGGUCAUGCACACACUGAAAUACUACUACUGGGUUGUGAACCCACAGGACCGCAGUGGAGUCGUGCCCAAAGGCCUUGAUGGUCCAAGGCCAAACCACAAGGAGAUCCUUUCACUGCGAGCGUUUCUGUUGUUGUUUGUCAAGCAACUCAUAAUGAAGGAUCAUGGAGUGAAGGAAGACGAACUACAGAGUAUCCUCAACUACCUCCUUACCAUGCACGAGGAUGACAACCUCAUGGAUGUGCUGCAGUUGUUGGUGGCUUUGAUGUCUGAACAUCCCGGAUCCAUGGUCCAGGCCUUCGACCAGCGCAACGGCAUUCGUGUGAUUUACAAGCUUUUGGCCUCAAAAAGUGAAGGAAUACGAGUCCAGACACUCAAAGUGAUGGGCUAUUUUCUCAAACACAUGACACCAAAGAGGAGAGCUGAGGUCAUGCUGAGUCAUGGUCUUUUCUCACUGCUCACUGAACGGCUGAUGCUCCACUCCAACCAGUUCACCAUGACAACCUACAACGUGCUGUUUGAGAUUCUUACAGAACAGAUCUGCACUCAAGUGAUCCAUAAACAGCAUCCGGACCCCGACUCCACUGUGAAGAUCCUCAACCCACAAAUUCUGAAAGUGAUUGCUGCUCUGCUGAAGAACUCUCCUCCAUCCCCUGAGAGCAUGGAGGUGCGCAGGGUCUUCCUGUCAGACAUGAUCAAACUGUUCAAUAACAGCCGAGAGAACCGCAGGAGCCUGCUGCAGUGCUCGGUGUGGCAGGAGUGGAUGCUCUCCCUGUGCUUCAUCAACCCGCGAAACACCGAAGAGCAGAAAAUCACAGAGAUGGUGUAUGCCAUCUUCCGCAUCCUUCUCUAUCACGCCAUCAAAUACGAGUGGGGCGGCUGGCGCGUCUGGGUGGACACCCUGUCCAUCACCCACUCCAAGGUAACCUUUGAGCAGCACAAAGAAAAUCUGUCCCGUAUGUUCCGGCAGUACCAGCGUCAGGAGUCUGCAGGCUCCCUGAGCACCAUCCGAACCAUCUCUGGUGUCAGCCAGAGCUCAGAGACCAUGGAAAGUGUAAACGGGCCAUCUGCAGAGGAGACGGCUCCUUCUACUGUCAUUGAGCUCACAGUGGACGAGCACGGCCCGAAGUCUCCUGACUCAGCAUCUAGUUCAACUAUCACCUCCAGCCCACUGGAGGCUGCUGAUGGAACGGGGCCUGCAGCCAUCACCGUGUCCAACAUCCUGGCCAGGGCAGAAGAAGAUGAUCAGAAGUUGGUUCAGGCGUCUUCUGAGGCUGCAAGUGAAAGAAAAGAUGAAGAUACUGUGACACAAAAAAACAUAAAAGAUGAGCAUAUCGAAGAGACCAGCAAGCAGGAACCAGUGCCUGAGACCUCCACUGACAAGCACACCGAUAAUCUACAAACAUCAGUUAGCAACCAGGUUGAAACGGAUGAUAUGAAAGCAGUGGAAGUGGUUAGUGACACCGCUGCAACAUCUGCAAGCGAUGAUGCAAAAACAACUGUAAGUGACGAUGAAAAAUCUGGGAGUGAUCCUGACAAAGGUGAAUCAUCACACUCCAUGACAGACGACUCUUUAAAUGAAGCAGAUACAGAACUGACAGUGGUUUCAGAAGAAAAAGAUAAGACCGACCAAACAUCCCCUGAGACUGAGGCCUGUCUGGAGAACAGCGUGUUGGGUGGAGCCUCCAUCGUCAACGAAGACCUGGUGGACGUGUCGGCUGCCAGUGAGCAGAUCCACCAGAGUGAUGUUGAUGAUAGCCAAGAGGAGUCCUCUUAUGUAUCCGCUGUUGCUGGAGAGGAAGAGGAGGUAGAUAAAAAGGAGGAAGAUGAACAUGAAGAUAAUGAAGGCAAGGGAAAUGAUCGGGAAGGACAAGAGACGAAGACAGACGAUGAAAAAGAUGAGAAACAGGAGGUCAGAGAACAAGAAGAAACUGCAGAGAGUGAAACUCAAGAGGUGUCUGGUUUGGAGAGUCAGACUCCUUCAGCUGAACCACCUGAACAAAGUGUCACAGAACCACCCAAAGAAGAAGUUAAAGAGGAACAGUCUUCCACCGUAACUGAAACCGCUACUGCAGACCAGCAGCCCUCAGAUACCACACUGCCCUCUACAGCUGCACAGGAGGUUGCAGCAGCAUCAGAUUCCAUCUCACCUAUCCAGCCUACAGAGACCGCCACCACCACCACCACCACCACCACCACUGAAGACCAGUCCAGUUCAGCAGACCGCAGCGCCUCCGCCUCCUCUGCCUCCGAACCUGGCACCCAGAAGAGCGCAGAUUCUGUCAGCAAGACCAAAGAGAUCAAAAUCGCCAGGCUGGAUGUUUCUAAUGUGGCCUUAGACACAGAAAGACUUGAACUGAAGGAGACUUCUGCAACAGAAACAAGCCAAGGCCAGCCUGCAGCAUCAGCAGCGGCAGCAGGAGGACCUUCAGGUCAACAGAGAGAGAGCAGCUCCUCGGCGCCUCGUUCCACCAUGUUCCGUAUCCCAGAGUUCCGCUGGUCCAGCAUGCACCAGCGGCUCCUCACUGACCUGCUCUUCUCUAUUGAGACAGAUGUUCAGAUGUGGAGGAGCCACUCCACAAAGACGAUUUUGGACUUUGUGAACAGCAGUGAGAACGUCGUGUUCGUCCACAACAGCAUCCACCUCAUCUCCCAGGUGGUGGACAACCUCAUCAUGGCUUGUGGAGGCAUUUUACCUCUGCUCUCUGCUGCCACCUCAUCCUCACAUGAACUGGAGAACAUUGAACCAUCUCAAGGUUUGACUGUGGAGGCUUCCAUCACCUUCCUUCAGCGCCUCAUCAACCUCGUUGAUGUUCUCAUCUUUGCCAGCUCCCUUAACUUCACCGAGAUAGAAGCUGAGAAAAAUAUGUCUUCAGGAGGCAUCCUCCGACAGUGCCUUCGCCUUGUGUGUGCUAUGGCAGUGAGAAACUGUCUGGAGUGUCAGCAAGCCCAAUUCAAGCAUGGCACAGAAGGCUCAGCACGCAGCUACACAGCCAUGCCCAGCACUAUGAUGGGAACAUCCAAGUCUGCAGCUGCGCAGAGUCCUGUUGAUGCAGUGACAGGUGGCAUGUCUCCAAUCAGAGACCUGGACCGGCUUCUUCAGGACAUGGACAUUAACCGCCUCAGGGCUGUCGUCUUCAGAGAUAUCGAGGACAGUAAGCAGGCUCAGUUUCUGGCACUUGCUGUUGUCUACUUCAUCUCAGUCCUCAUGGUGUCCAAGUACCGCGACAUCCUGGAGCCCCACAAUGACAGGAAACACCCUCAACGGUCGCAGUCUGCCAGGAGCACAGAUAGCGGUGCCAUUUCUGGUGGACUUGAAGUAGAGAACGGCGUCUCUCUCCGGCGGUAUGAUUCCGGCAUAGGUGAUGACCACACCUCAACUGCAGCGAGCGAGGCAGACCUGUCAUCCUCUGGCGUUACUCACGGCCCAGACGCAGUCUCAGAGGCCUUGUCCACGCUGUCGUCUGAGGUCAGACCCUCUCAGCCCGCGGAUUCGAAGGGCAAGAAUGUGAAGGAUAUCCUACGCAGCUUAGUGAGCAAUCCUGAUGACGUCAUGGUGGAUCCAAGUCUGCUGCCGCCAUCAUUUAUAGGAAGUGUGGGCGAUACAGCCAGAGAGCAGUACAGCUCGUUUGAUAGAAGUGUCAUCGUCGCACCCAAGAAAGCUGGCAUGACUCCGUCUCCAAGCACCUCCACUCCCGUCCCAGCAGCCACUGCUGCGUCUGUGUCUGGCGCGACACCCAUCGACAGUGUUGCCGUGGUAUCUUCUGGUGACGCCUCCCAGAGCACUUCUGCAGACUCUGCAGCUACAGGCGGCCAGGUUCCAGCCAGCGCUAGCCUGCCAUCUGUCCCCCCACUCUCCCCUGUGACCCAGAACACAGCCCCCAAUAUGAGUAUCUCAGAGCGUCUGGAGCAUGCCCUAGAGAAGGCAGCUCCUCUUCUGAGGGAGAUCUUCGUCGACUUCGCCCCCUUCCUCUCUCGGACACUGCUGGGCAGCCACGGACAAGAGCUCCUCAUUGAAGGCACGAGCCUGGUGUGUAUGAAGUCCAGCAGCUCAGUGGUGGAGCUCGUCAUGCUUCUGUGUUCACAGGAAUGGCAGAACUCCAUCCAGAAGAAUGCAGGUCUCGCCUUUAUCGAGUUGGUCAACGAAGGCAGGCUGCUGAGUCACACCAUGAAGGACCACCUGGUUCGCGUCGCUAAUGAAGCUGAAUUUAUCCUGAGCCGACAGAGGGCCGAAGACAUCCAUAAACAUGCAGAGUUUGAGUCUAACUGCGCUCAGUACGCAGCGGAGAAACGAGACGAGGAGAAAAUGUGUGACCACCUGAUCCGAGCCGCCAAGUACCGCGACCAUGUGACAGCAACACAGCUCAUCCAGAAGAUCGUCAACAUCCUGACUGACAAACACGGAGCCUGGGGAAGCUCUGCUGCAAGCCGGCCGAGGGAGUUCUGGCGCCUGGACUACUGGGAGGACGAUUUAAGGAGGCGACGUCGCUUCAUCAGGAACCCCUCCGGAUCCACUCACUCAGAGGCUACGCUCAAAGCGGCAGCCGAACACGCGUCUGAGGAGGAUAUUCUCAAAGGGAAGCAGUCCAUCAGGAGUCAGGCUCUGGGAAAUCAAAACUCGGAGAGUGAGACGUUACUUGACGGAGACGAUGACACUCUGUCAUCUUUAGAAGACAAGGACCUGGAGAACCUAACAGGCCCAGUGAACCUGAGCACCAGCGCUCAGCUGGUGGCUCCGGCCGCGGUGGUGAAAGGAACUCUGUCCAUCACCGCCUCCGAGCUCUACUUCGAGGUGGAUGAAGACGAGCCGAGCUUCAAGACCAUCGAUCCAAAGAUUCUAGCCUAUACAGAAGGUCUACAUGGAAAAUGGCUGUUCACAGAGAUCCGUGCCAUCUUUUCCAGACGCUACCUCUUGCAGAACACAGCUCUGGAAAUCUUCAUGGCCAACAGAACGGCGGUCAUGUUAAACUUCCCAGAUGCAGCCACAGUAAAGAAGGUGGUCCACAGUCUUCCUCGCGUUGGGGUGGGCACGAACUUUGGUCUUCCACAGACCAGGCGUAUCUCUCUGGCCACACCAAAGCAGCUAUUCAAGGCAGCCAACAUGACCCAACGCUGGCAACGCCGUGAGAUAUCCAACUUUGAGUACCUCAUCUUUCUCAACACCAUCUCUGGUCGGACCUUUAAUGACCUAAACCAGUACCCGGUCUUCCCCUGGGUUAUCACUAACUACGACUCAGAGGAACUUGACCUCACUCUGCCCAGCAACUUUAGAGAUCUGUCGAAGCCCAUCGGUGCACUGAACCCCAAGAGAGCAGCAUUCUUCUCAGAUCGAUACGAGUCGUGGGAAGAUGAUCAGGUGCCGAAGUUCCACUAUGGGACCCACUACUCCACCUCCAGCUUCACCCUGAUGUGGCUACUGCGUGUGGAACCCUUCACCACAUUUUUUCUCAACUUCCAAGGAGGGAAGUUUGACCACGCUGACCGCACCUUCUCCUCAGUGUCCCGGGCCUGGAGGAACUGCCAGAGAGACACAUCUGAUGUUAAGGAGCUGAUCCCAGAGUUCUACUACCUCCCCGAGAUGUUUGUCAACGCCAACAAUUACAACCUCGGAGUGAUGGAGGACGGCACUGUAGUCUCCGAUGUGGAGCUGCCACCUUGGGCCAAGAGCCCGGAGGAGUUUGUGCGCAUUAAUCGCCUGGCUCUGGAGAGCGAGUUUGUGUCCUGCCAGCUCCACCAGUGGAUCGAUCUGAUCUUUGGCUACAAGCAGCAGGGACCUGAAGCCGCCAGAGCCCUCAAUGUGUUCUAUUAUCUGACCUACGAGGGUGCAGUCAACCUCAGCUCCAUCAACGACCCAAUGCUCAGAGAGGCUGUGGAGUCUCAAAUUAGGAGUUUUGGACAGACCCCCUGCCAGUUGCUCAUCGAGCCACACCCACCCAGAAGCUCGGCCAUGCAAGUGACCCCGCUGAUGUUUACGGAGCAGAUGCAGCAGGACGUCAUCAUGGUGCUGAAGUUCCCAUCCAACUCUCCCGUGACUCACGUGGCGGCCAACACCCAGCCGGGUCUGACAUCACCCGCCAUCAUCACCGUCACCGCCAACCGCCUCUUCGCUGUUAACAAGUGGCACGGCUUGACAGGUCAUCAGAGCUCAACGGUGCAAGACCAGCAGUACCAACUUCCUGUGGAAAUUGACCCUCUGAUAGCCAGUAACGUGGGCAGCCAUCGCCGUCAGAUCUCAGACCUGCUCGAUCAAAGCAUCCAGAUCAGCUCGCAGUGUUUCGUCAUCACGGCCGAUAACCGCUUCAUCCUGCUCUGUGGCUUCUGGGACAAGAGCUUCCGGGUUUAUUCCACUGACUCAGGCAAACUGACUCAGAUCGUGUUCGGGCACCGUGACGUGGUGACGUGUCUGGCUCGCUCGGAGUCGUACAUCGGCGGAGACUGCUACGUCCUGUCAGGCUCCAGAGAUGCCACCCUGCUGCUGUGGUACUGGAACGGAAAGCACAACAGUGUUGGAGAGAGCCCAGGCACAGAGUUCACAACGCCGCGGGCCAUCUUAACCGGCCAUGACUGUGAGGUGACAUGCGCAAGUGUGUGUGCAGAGUUGGGUCUCGUCAUCAGCGGCUGCAAAGAGGGUCCUUGUCUGAUCCAUUCCAUGAAUGGGGACCUGCUGCGGACCCUGGAGGGCCCCGACCGCUGCCUGCGGCCUCGCCUCAUCCAGUCCUCCACCGAGGGAAACUGCAUGAUCUACUACGACAAGGGACAGUUCUGCCUCUUCAGUGUCAACGGCAAACUGCUGGGACACAUGGAGGUGGAGGACAGCAUCAAGGCCAUGCUUCUCAGCCGUGAUGGUCAGUAUCUGCUGACAGGUGGUGACGGAGGUGUAGUUUCCGUCUGGCAGGUCCACAACCUCAAACAGCUGUUCACCUACCCGGGCUGUGACGCUGGAAUCCGCUCUAUGGCCAUAUCGCAUGACCAAAGGUGCAUCAUAACCGGCAUGGCAUCCGGAAGCAUCGUGCUGUUCUACAACGAUUUCAACAGAUGGCACCACGAGUACCAGACCCGGUACUGACCUGACGGCAGCAGCAGCAGCAGCAGCAGCAGUAACUUGACUGACAACGAUUGGACACUGAAGAUCCAAACUGUUUCAAGUGUGAACUCUUAACAAAGCACUAUUCUGUCUAUAUCCUGAUAUCCUGAAUGUAUCUCAAUGAAAGAAGAAGAAGAAGAAAAAAAAUCUGUCCUGUUAUAGUAAAAAAAAAACAACCUAUUUUUAAAAAGGGCAUUGCUAUAUUUUGUAGAUCAGAUAGAAGAAUUUUCAUAUAAAUCAUAGGGUGGGGGUUAUGUUACUGUACGGUUAAAAAAACAAAUCUAUUUUUAGCUGUUAAGAGUCUAUUUUCAUCUCCUCCGGAAAAGAGAAGCGGGAUCUAUGGGGAGCUAGUGACAACCUUUUCUCUUGACUUAAAAAUCCAAAUAUUUGUGUACUUUAGGGUGAGUGAUUUUUCUUUUUCUUGUUUUUUUUUUUCUUUCCAUAGGCGUGUAUGUGGGGAAUAAAUAUGAAGCUAUCAUCCACAGCUUUUUGCCUUUUUUGGCACCACAGCCGGUAGAUAUGAAAUGUUUUUUGAAUAAAUAAUAAAUGUAUUGGACAGAAGGAUAAACAAAGAGGGAAUAUACAGUACAUAUAUAAAUAUCUAUAUAUUCUGUUUAAAUGUAGUCCUCCAUAUUUAAAACAAAAAAAAUGUGUCAUUCCCUUUGUACCUCUUUGCUUGCUAAGAGAUUGCAUUUUUUCCGUGCAUGGCUCACUACUCAUAAAACAUAUCAGUGAAGACCUACUGCAUCAUCAUUUAAUACUUUAAACACCUCCCACUCCUGAAGAUGAGCUUUAUGCAGAAGAGUGUAACAGUUCUGCUUUUUUUUCUAAUUUCUCAUCAAGCAAACAACUCUUAAAACAGUCAAUCAUUUUUUUUCUUUCUUAAUCAUUGUGAUGGAAAAACAGGGUGUAUGAGACCUUUUUUUUUUUCUUUUUUCAAAUCACUAAAUAAAAAUCAUAUCAUCACACCUCGUGCCCCGAGCCAGCUUAGCAUCUUUCAAAGUCUUCUUUGAGUCCUCUCUCCAAAGCAGCUAACAGCAGAGUGAGAUGUGCAAUGACAGGAAGGACUUAACUCUACUUCUUUUGGUUUUUCUUCUUCCAUCACAGAAGUCUAAAUCACAGGAUCGAGUGAUUGUGAUAAGAUGUGAUUUAGCACUAAAAUAAAAAAAUGGCGAUGAGACAUGUUCCUUUGUUCCUCAGUAAAAUAAACGUCCACUUGUAUCUUGAUUUUCUGAGGAAACAUUCCUUUAAAGUUUGCGCUUUGAUGUGGUUUGAAUCCAGUUAUGAGAACUACUGUUAUCAACCAAUUUUUUUUUUUUUUGCAAUCAUUUUGGAGUGUUUUGUGUGCUGAGUUCUGACAAUAAAACUGAAUUUUAUAACUUGAACUGUC